AUGAUGUCAGGGGCGGGGCCUCAGCCCAUGACUGACAGGAGGCCCCUGAUUGGCCCUUCCACGCCCUGCAAUGUGACCGCGAGCCGUGACGCUGGGCCUGGGGCUCGGGUCUUGAGCGACGGCGCCGCGAUCUGCAUCCGACCCGGGCGGCGCGGUGGGCGGGGCCGGCCGACCCCCCCCCCUGUGACCCCCGACCCCCGACCCCCCGGCGUGACCCCCGACCCCCCCCCCCUCCCGCAGGUGACCUUCGACGCCACGAAGCACCUGAGCGACGCGUCGAUCCGGCGGCGGCAGCUGGAGCGGCAGAAGCUGCAGGAGCUGGAGCUGCAGCGCGAGGAGCAGAAGCGGCGCGAGAAGGAGGCCGAGGCGCGGCGGCGGGACGAGGAGCGGAAGCAGAAGGAGCUGGAGGAGCAGGAGCGCGCCCCGCCGGCGCGAGGAGAAGCUGCGGCGCCGGGAGCAGCGGCAGCGGGGAGCGCGCGUCCCGCCGCAGCCGGCGUCGGGCGGCGCGGGCGGCGCAGGAGGAGCAGCGGCGGCUGCAGGCCCGGGUGCGGCUGGAGGAGCGGAAGCUGCUGCUGGCCCAGCGCACGCUGCAGGCCAUCCGCCUGGUGGCCGAGCUGCUGGCGCGCGCCAAGGCGGCCCGGCUGCGGGCAGCGGCAGGAGGAGCGGCGCCGGCUGCAGGAGGCCGAGCUGCGGCGCGUGGAGCGCGAGAAGGAGCGGGCGCUGGGGCUGCAGCGGCGCGAGCGGGAACUGCGGCAGCGGCUGCUCGCCCUGCUGCUGGGCCGCGGCGGCGGGGGGGGGGGCCCGCGACCCCCGGACACCCCGGCGCCGCCCGCGACCCCGGCGACGCCCCCGACCCCCGGCGGCGCCGACCCCGACCCCGACGGCGCCGCCGCCUCGGCCCCCGCGGCCGCCGCCAUGACGGACGACCUGCUGCGGCCCGUGCUCGACAUCCUGCACCACGUCACCCGGGCCGGGCGCGCCGCCCCGCGGGCGACCCCGGAGGACCCCGCGGAUGACCCCGCCGCGGCGCCGCCCCCGCCCGCCGCGGCGACGUCCCCGCCCCGCGACCCCCCGCGCCGGAGUCCGCGCGGCCCCGGCGACGGGCUCGAGGACACCGGGGCCGACGGUGAUGGCGGCGAUGGCGGCGACCGUGGCGGCGACGGCGACCGGGAGGCCCCACCGCCGCCGCGGGCACCGCCGCCGCGAGAAGGAGCGCGGGCGCGAGGGCCGGCGCAGCCGCCACCGCCGGGGCGACCCCUCGCGCUCCCGGUCCCGCUCCCCGCGGCACCGCGGCGGCGCCUGGAGCCGGUGACGGGCGAGUCGGUCCCCCCCCCCCCCCCCCCCCCCCGGAGCCGCCACCGCAAAGCAUGCUGGGACGCCGCCGCCCCCCCCGAAGCCCCGCCCUCCGACCCCCGACCCCGUGGACCCGCGUGA